AUGCCACUGUCCGGGCAAAAUAUUGUCCUCGUAUCACACUUCGUGGCUUGUGCCCGUCGUGAGUAGCACAGGUGGUCGCUGAAAAGUAGGAGGUCGCUUUAAUUCUCGAUUGAAACGUUGGUAGGAAUACCAACUGGUUUAAGUUGUAAUGUAAACAUCUUAUAUUAAUGAAUAGUGUGGGUUUUCCAACUACAUUAUGUGUCAUAGUGUCGUCACGAAGAGGACAAAGCAGAACGCCUUGACUGACAACCAUAAAGACUAUUAGGUAAUUGCAUCACGAGCUAUUCUACAGUAGGCGGAUUUAAACUAACUUAGCGGUGUUGCGUUUUAAAUUAAUAUCGCUUAAAGAUGAACAUCUGUAAAUAGUGAGUUCCCUUUACGAGGACCAUGGAGUAUUCAGUAAUAAGUGAUUUCAAACGAGGACUUAUCAUAGGGUGUUUGAUUAUAUGUGCAUUGGUUGUGAACAUUGCAACACUAGAACGUGAGGAUUUUCUGUUUCGGUGCAUUAAGAAUACAUCUUGCGUAUGUUCUACAGAUAAAAAAAAUGUGAACUGUUCGGGUCUAGGAUUAACGUCUAUACCAACUCUGCCCAAUGCAACUAUUCGGUUGAACAUGAGUGGAAAUUCGUUAACCCAUUUAAACAAAUCCACGGGCAAUAAUGUAGCCAACUUAAUCCUGCUGGAUAUUUCCAAUAACAGUAUUUCUUCUGUUGAUGAAGGGUACUUUUCGAUUUUUCUCCAUCUUCAAAAACUAAAUGUGAGUAAAAAUCCUUUAACUUGUCAGAUCAUAAACAAAUCUGUCAAUGGUAUCUCAAAGUCACUAACGGAAUUAGACUUGAUGGGUAUGGGUUGGGAGGAUUUUCCAUACAGUCUGAUGAAAUCGCUGACUCAAACCAAGUUGGCUGUACUUGUCCUUAAGAAUAACAGCAUUAAGAGCUUUAAUAGUAGCAACACAUUCCGACAACUAAAGCAUCUCAGACAUCUCGACCUGUCUAUUAACUUCAUAGCAAAUCUAAUACUUUCCAACGCGAAAAAUUUAAAAUAUUUGAGUUUGUCGUCCAAUGAUUUAACGGAGCUACCACUUUGUUGUUCGAAUGGUACAGCUUUGCUUCCAAAUCUGAAAUAUUUAUUCAUGGAUGAUAACUGUAUAAGCAGGUUGAAGAUGGAGAAUAUAAACUGCCUGGGUGAGCUACAGCUGUUGAACAUCUCUUCUACCAGGAUCCACAGUAUUGAGAGUAAUACCUUCUCUAAAUUAACAAAACUUAGGACAUUGACAUUGGAGUACACGACCAGUCUUUAUGAUACGAAUACAGUUAAACCAUACGCUUUCAACAGUGCAUCAUUGGAACGGUUAUUCAUACGAUUCAAUUCGAUAGAUUUUGAUCCAGUGGGUGCUGCAAAAGUCUUCGAAAAUUGUUCACAGCUACGACAUUUGGAUUUAUCUGGUAACAUGCUUGGCAAGCUUCACAACUAUCAUUGGGAUGCUCUGUUAAAAAAUAUGCCUAAUCUGAUCUACUUUGAUGUAAGCAAAUCUCGUAUGUUGUACUUACCAAAAAGCUUCCAAAAUAGACUAAAGAAUGUGGAAUAUUUUCACUUUGAAAACAAUGAUGCUGUAACAAUGCAUAAUGACUAUUUCGUUCAUUUUGUAAAUCUGAAUACACUUCUAUUGAACGGCAAUAAGUUUUCAACAGUUACGAAGGAAAUGCUUCCCACUGAAUUCACCAGACACCUGAAACAUCUAGAUUUAGCGUUCAAUCCAUGGGAAUGCAAUUGUGAUUUAUUAUGGUUCAUUACCUUUGCUAAACGGUUUACAAAAGCGGGUAAAAUGUACAAUUUCCCCAAAAAUUAUGAAUGUGCUGGACGUGGUGUGAACAUAACCGAUGUCAAUAUAAAUAAGCGUAGCUGCUUGAUAAGACAAAAAACCGGCCUAAUUAUCAGAUGUACGUGUAUAUCGAUGAUUACUCUACUGCUAAUGGUAAGUGUUGUUUAUAGGUUAAGAUGGCGUCUGAGAUAUAUGAUAUAUAUUUUGAAUUAUCAUAGACGAAAAUACCUAAGUAGUGAUAAUAAUAGUUGUUCAUAUCACUAUGAUGUGUAUUUUAGUUGUUCUGAGUCAGAUUUUGAUUUUGUGUACAAUGAUAUUGUUGUUAAGCUGGAAGAAACGUUCAAUGUUUAUAUUCCGCAAAGAGAUGCCAUGCCUGGUAGUUUGAAGGUUAAGCACACACUGGAGAAGAUGGAUCGAUGCAAAUGUGUCGUGGUGUGUCUAUCGGACUCCUAUGCUCAAGAUCAGUGGUGCGAGUUCGAAUGCUGCAUGGCAAUAGAGAGAUCUGUGUGUGAAGGACCCGACAGCUUGAUUGUGAUAGUUUUAAAAGAAAUUUGCAGUAUUAAUAUGACCAAAGUCAUCCAUAAACUUAUCCGUACUAACGAGCAUAUGAUUUGGGAUGAUACUGGUGAAUCUAACGAUGGUAACUGGACAAGACUGAUCAGACAAAUCCGAACAGAGAGACCACGUUUAAUAAGGAAUAGCGUGGAUAUUCCAUAGUUUGAAUAGCUCUUGGAUAUAAUUAUUCAAAUGCCGGAACCACUUGCCAUGCUGCACGUAUGGUGCUAACGUGCAUGCGUUUAUAAAUCCGACAUUCAACAUGGCAUAAUCUUUUUAAAGACAAAGCAUUAGUAUAUGAAGUGGUAUGGGACUACAAAUAAUAUCACCACAGUGCAAAUGUAAUUCGAGCUAUUUACAGACAAGUACUUUCAAUUUUGGUAAAUAUCAUCAUGCAUUUUGUAAGAUUUUGAUAAAGAGUUGGCCGUUCUUGCUAUAAUAGUUCAAAUGUAGAUAAUGAAAAUGAAUAUAGUAAAAAUUUCAGUCAAAUAACUUUAUCCUGUGAGAAAUUAUAAGUGUCUGGGAUUUUUACAAGUUGUAGCAUAGAUUGUUGUAUUAUCGUAGCAACUUGUGUAAUUUCACUGUCCCCCCCACCCCCGCCUUGGGAAAUCUUGUUUAUACAUCUGUAAGCUGACAUUGAGAAGCCUUGAUACCUUAUCAGGUGCAAUAUAAAUGCAUUUUUUAAUUACCUUUAACUGUGAGCGGGUAAUUUUAUAUUAUUGUUUGUACGGGUUUUGUUAACGGUUGGUGUAUUUUGAUAGCGAUUGUUUGUGGUUUUAAUAGUAUCCUUGUAUCAGUAAAUCAACUCCCGUGGUUGAAUAAAUCUUGUUUAUGGCACAACGACCUAGUUAGAUAUCAAGCCACAUGAUAUUAAAUAAUUGUAUUUUUAAGUUAACUCAAGUAAUACGAGGAUUAUAUUAAUACCUUUUGCUAUCUGCCUUUCUUGGUGUGUUUUAAAAGUGUGUAAUUCGGGUUGAAUAAAGACUAUAUUAUUAUUAUUAUGUUAUUGCAUGUUGUCAACCAAAUUAAAUGAAUGACGUCACUUGUACCACAUAAC